CUUCCUGAUGCACAUGCUUCUCAGCUUGACUUUGAUGCAUGAUGCUGAGUUAUCCCUCUCAUGCUCGCCGUCUCUAGCUACGAAGCAAAAGCAUGCAUCGCUCCAACAUUGGAACACAGCAACAGGGCUCUUCAAUCGCAUCCUAGCUGAUCCAAUUCCUCCCUCAUACCAAGACGCUAUUUGGGCUACUGGUAUUUUUCUAGGUGCUGCGUCCUUUUGGUACGUGGAAUCAACCAGUGUGGAAAACGUCUGGCCACUGAAGCCUGGAGAUCCAAGUGAUCUAACGUGGCUGAGGCUUGGCGAGGGCAAAAGGCAUCUCCAGCGAAUUGCCGAUCCAACUCGACCGGAAAGUCUUUUCAGUGCCAUGUUCAAGGACAAAUCGCGUACUAACUUGUCGGACUGGAUGGAGACCAAUAACACAUCGCGCAUCUCCUCUCGUGUCAAGAAAGUCUUCAACAUCACACUGGACUCGACCAGCACGAACAACGUGUAUUAUUUGCCCGUGCUCAUCCUGUCACGUAUCCAAACCAUGCGGUUUACACAGGAAAACACACUGAAAUCUCUGUACGUCACGACGUCUGUCAGGCCUGAAUUUCUCAUGCUGCUAGAGGACAAAGACCCGCGCGCAGUCUUUAUCCUAGCUUGGUGGUUCACGAUGCUCAAGGACGGAGAGCUGUGGUGGAUGGCGCGGAGGGCCAAGGUCGAAGGAGAAGCUGCUCGCAUCUGGCUGCAGAGAGAGGAUCCGGGACUGGCAGAACUGCUCGAAUCUCUAGCUCGGGAUGCAGUGGUCAUAGACGUUAUUACGACAGAACCACAGUUGCCUGAGCCGACUUGGGUACGUCCGUGGGAGGCUAGUCUACCUACCAUUGAGGCAAAUUAAAUGUAAGAUGAUCUCAAGGAACAUGUGAUCCUUCAUCGAGUCAGGUCUCAUGCGAGGAGAAAUGUAUACAUGCGAAUCAUGGCAGUGCCCGGUAGCUCCCUCCCUACUUGAAAACACGGG